AUGGCAUCUCAACCUAUCACCCGAUCUCCAUUUGGCUUCUUUCCAGCUGAGCUUGUCCUCCUCAUCAUCAGAGAGGCUGCACAGCCAACUUUUUCCCAAGCUGAAAAAUAUGCUGAUCAUAAUCCCUAUUCGACCACUCUUUCGCUAUGUCUCGUCUCCAAAAAUUUCAGGGAGAUCGUGCUUCCUUAUUUACUGCACACCGUAUCGCUCCCAAAAUCUCAGAACGUGAGAAAGUUCGUGGAAGCUCUGCAUAUGCAGGAAGCAUAUGCUCAGGAAAGCAGCCCCUUCCAAUUCGAGUACGCAUCUUUCGUACAGAAAAUUUGGAUUGGAGAGGACGGGGAUCUUGCAGAACCUAACUUGCUCAGAACCCUGGGCUAUGAACUGGCGUCUGAGCGCGAGCGUGCCAUGGGCCUGCUGGCUCCGGUGCUACUCACUGCGCCCUCCAUUGCCCUUGCCUGGACAAGUCUGGGCCUUCUUUCAGACUGCCUGGAAAUUGCAUGGGAGUCCCGUACAGACACAGACGUCAACAACGAACACUCCCCGCCUCCCUGGAAAACCCAAACUCUGACGCUAUCUGGUAAGGCAGAUAGCGUCAGACCAUGGGAGUUCCUGAUGGGUACUUCCCAUGGAUCUGCUUUCGUUGCUUCGAUCCUUCACCUCGCCUCCAACAACACGUCCAACAACACCCCAUGGGGACCCCUCACGGACACCCCCCAGACAUGGGCUGAGCUUGCUGAUAUGGGUUUCUUGUGCCACGAGGGAAUUGACCCUUGUUGGCUUGCCCAUUUUCUGAGCUAUGAUCAAAUGUACAACCUGCCUCAGUGGAUGGAGCGCACUCCAUGGGCUUCUUUUCAGAAGCUUCAAACAGUGUCAUUGGCCUAUGCGCAUGUCAGACGCCCUUUCAAUUCACCCGCAUUGAUCACAACGGGAUUGCCCUUGCAUGUGGAGGUGCUGAUGUUGUCUGCAUCCUUGCUGCGCCACCCUGUUCCGUGGGUGGCGAGUGGGUUUAUCAAGAGGGGUCCCGGAGAGGAGUGUAUUGUGUCGGAUGAUGUUCGUUUCAAGGUGUCCCGUUCUUGUUUACACUUUAGGUAUGCUCGUGAAGAUUGGCAGAAGGUUUGGGCAUGCGGAUUUGGGCGUUAUGAUUCUAAAGGCGACUAG